AUGUGUGUUUUCUUUUAUGGUUCCUUUUUUAUUUAUAAACGGUCUUAUUAUUCUGUACAGGAAAACACAGCACUCUGUGAUGAGGUAGCACGCAUCGAAAGUAAAUUUGUCAGAGCAAAAGAAGAGAGAAGGUUUCUAUUAAAAAGGCUCUUGCAGCUGCAGGCAUUAGGUGAAGAUGAUCGGCCCACAACGCACAGUUCCAGCCUGUCGCUCAGUUUUGACAUGCCGAGCAUGAGUGAUGGGAACCUGGACAUGAGCCUUCCCAGCGUGGCAGACAAUGGCCUGGGGAAGAAGCUGAAAAAGGACAAGAGAGAAAAAGGCAAAGAGAACAAAUCAGAAGUUACGAAGAAAUUAACAAAAAAGAAGAGAGUGACAGACGGGGCCCCGCGCAGGUGGGUUCAGCCAAUCCUCCUGGACCCGUGUGGACGGCCAGUCUUCCCCAUUGUUUUAGAUGGUCUGACAGUUUAUAGUCUGGGAGAGAUUGUAUCCGACCGGAGCGGGUUCCAUGACAGGAGCGCCAUUUAUCCUGUGGGUUUCUGCAGCACAAGAGUUUACGUCAGCAUGCGAAACCCAGAGCAGAAAUGUCUAUAUACGUGUCAGAUCAAAGAUGGCUGGACCAGGCCUCAGUUUGAGAUCGUCCCUGAGGAUGACCCCCAGAACACGAUAACUGGCAGCUCAGCUGCAGAAUGUCACAAUGCUUUACUGAAGAGCGUUGGGGCUGUGCGAGGACAGAGGGUCUCCGCUCCAGAAAAUGCCGGGCCGUACUUUUUUGGGUUUUCGCACCCCACCAUUCAGAACUUAAUACAAAGUUGCCCCGGAGCUCGCAAAUGCUCAAGUUACGAGUGGGUAAAGUUUGAAGUAUGGAAGCCCGGGGACGGGUCAGUGCCUCAGGAGAUGUAUGAUAACAGCGCAGCUGUAAGCUUUGAGGCUUUUCAGAGGCAAUCCUUGGAGGAGAUGAAACCGGAUCAUGUGUUAUCAGGAACAUUGGAUCUUCCGGACAUUCAUGCCUCUCAUGAUUACAUCUCCACCUAUCAGGAAAUGUUCUUGUCACCUCCGCACAUCUCUCGAGACAUCCAGCAACUGAAGUCUUCCUCGUCCAGCCAGUACAGCCCAUCGUGA